UGAUGGAACGCUCUCCAUUUGCUUGCAUGUGUUCAGCACCAAAAACUCUCAAGACAAGUUUUAUAUAAAGAGACUUUACAAUGCAAGAAAAUGUCCUGUGGAAAUUUCAACUCCUUCGAAUAUGUCGCUGCUCAGCUGAGUUCUCCCCAGCGAACAAUACUUUUAACUAUAUACAGGCCACCAAAAUAUGAUGCACAGUUUUUUGAUGAGAUUGCCAAAUUACUGUCCAUUGCAUGCAUUGAUUUCGAUUGUGUUGUCUUAGUGGGUGAUUUUAAUAUUCACAUAGAUAAUGCAGAGGAUGGAGGUACAAAAGAGCUCCUGAACAUUUUGGACAACUUUGGACUUAAUCAGCACGUAACAGAGCCAACUCACAAUAGGGGGCAUAUAUUGGAUCUGAUUAUUUCCAAGGGUCUCGACAUUUCUGAUGUUUUGGUGACUGAUGUUUCCGAUCACCACUGUGUAUUUUUUAAAACGACCAUCUCUGCUAGCAGUAUCAGAAAGGAACCAGAGGUGAUCAAAAGGAGCUGUAUCAAUGAAAACACCAGCGCAUUGUUUACUCAGGCCUGUACACCACCACCAACUCUGCCCUCGGCCUCUGUCGAUGACCUUGUGGAUGGUUUUAGCUCCAAUGUUAUGACUCUUAUGGAUGCUAUUGCACCACUAAAGACCAAGGUUUUAUCUGGAAGGAAAAUGUCACCAUGGAGAAAUGCCAUGGCAGUGAGAUCCCAAAGAACAAAGUGUAGACAGGCCGAACGUAGGUGGCGAAAAACCAAACUACAGGUCCACUACGACAUCUACAAAGACAACCUCCGUAUCUAUAAUCAGGAAUUGAAAGGGGCAAGGCAGUCCUUUUUCUCAGAGGUUAUCAACAAAAAUAAUAAUUCCCGCACCCUGUUUGCUGUUGUCGAUAGACUGACAAACCCUUCAUCAUCAGUCCCUCCUGAGCUCCUGUCCAGCAAGUCGUGCAAUGGCUUUGCAGAUUUCUUCACCGAUAAAAUUCUGAAGAUAAGACAAACAAUGUCUAGCUCCACCUCAGGGAACAUGGCUUUGUCACCUAUGCCUCCAGAUUCACUAAUAAAUCUACAACAUUUUAAACUUUUAGAUUGUGUAUCUCUGACUGAAACUGUUCAACAGCUAAAGUCCACUACCUGCUGUCUUGAUCUGCUGCCCACAAUCUUCGUUAAAAAUAUUUUUAACAGUGUUGCACCAGAAGUACUGAACAUAGUAAACACUUCCCUUCAAUCGGGGCAUUUUCCCAAAGCCUUAAAAUCAGCAGUGAUCAAGCCCCUAUUGAAGAAGCCUAAUUUGGAUGCCUCAGCUAUGAGCAACUAUAGGCCCAUAUCUAAUUUAGCAUUUUUGGCAAAGAUUAUUGAAAGGGUAGUUUACCAACAAAUUUACAGCUCUAUGACCCAAAACAAUAUUUUUAAUAUUUUCCUGUCGGGAUUUCGGCCACAUCACAGCACCGAGACUGCACUCACUAAGGUCCUAAAUGACAUACAUCUAAACAGUGAUGCAUCAAAAGCUUCAGUUUUGGUACUUCUAGAUCUUAGUGCUGCUUUUGAUACAGUGGACCACAACAUACUGCUUGACAGACUGGAGAAGUGGGUGGGACUCUCUGGUUCUGUGCUGGACUGGUUCAAAUCUUACUUGAAAGAUCGGGAUUAUUUUGUUUCCCUUGGUAAUUUUGAAUCAGAACGUACAAAACACACAUGCGGGGUUCCUCAGGGCUCCAUUCUUGGACCCAUUUUGUUCCACAUUUAUAUGCUCCCCCUAGCUCAGAUCAUAGAGCAUUUUAACAUAUCCUACCACACUUAUGCCGAUGACACACAACUAUAUAUCGCAGUGUCACCACAUGACCAUAGUCCCCUACACUCACUGUGCCAGUGUGUCAAACAUAUCAAUGAGUGGAUGAACCAGAACUUCCUCCAGCUCAAUGCAAACAAGACAGAAAUUAUUGUCUUUGGUCCCAAAAAAACAAGGCUAGAGGUGAGUGCUCAACUCGACUCAAUUGCACUGAAAAUCACAGACAAAGCCAGAAACCUUGGUGUAGUUAUGGACUGGGAUUUGAAUUUUAACAGCCAUAUAAAGACCAUUACCAGAUCUGCCUAUUACCAUCUAAAAAAUAUUGCAAGAAUCAAGGGAUUUCUGUCCAAAGAAGACACUGAAAAACUUGUUCAUGCAUAUAUUUUUAGUAGGUUAGAUUAUUGUAAUGGCAUCUUUACAGGUCUCAAUAAAAAAUCAAUUAAACAACUGCAGCUUAUCCAAAAUGCCGCUGCCAGAGUCUUGACCAACACCAAGAAAAUGGACCACAUUACACCUGUCCUUAAAUCUUUGCACUGGCUCCCUGUGUGUAAGAGGAUAGAUUUUAAAAUUCUGUUACUGACCUACAAGGCACUGAAUGGUCUAGGUCCAAAAUACAUCUCUGACCUACUUGUUGUAUAUGAGGCGCCUAGACUCCUCAGGUCUUCAGGGACAGGUUUACUCUGUGUUCCCAGGGUCAGAACUAAAAAGGCUGAAGCAGCAUUCGGUUUUUAUGCUCCACACCUGUGGAACAAGCUCCCUGAACACCUUACGUGUGCACAGACUGUAAGCGCAUUUAAAUCAGGCCUAAAAACACUGUUGUUUACUAUAGCCUGUCCAUAACCCGACAUGCAGGUAAUCUUAACCGUCUAAUUUUAACCCUUUUAUGUGCUCUUUAAAAUCGUUUUAAUGUUUCAUUGACGUUGUUUUAUUAUUCAUACAAUUGUCGUAUUGCUUAUUUUGCAAUUUUUAAUUAUAGACUAUUUUAUUUUUUCUUUCCUGUAAAGCACCUUGAAUUGCUGUUUGCACGAAUGGUGCUAUACAAAUAAACUUGCCUUGCCUUGCCUUCAACAUUUAGCUGAAAGUAGCCCGUUUCAUUAGCACCCAAUAAAUCACACCAACAUUGAUGUCCAGUGGCCACACUGUGCUAUCCACUAUGUGGUUGCUCUCCCAUUGCUACUCAAACUGAAGUUCCUAAAGACACAAGACUGAUUUUGAGAGAUGGCUGCCAAGAUAUGAGAACCUGUCCACCAUUGAGAAUCUCAGACCAUGCACAAGGGUGUUUGCUCAUGCCUUCCUCCACAAGCCCAUGUGAUUUGCAAACUGCUCCAGACCUCACACUUGGCUUCCAUAAUAUUGCUACCCUUGUGCUUCUCACUUUUCCAUGGUUGGACCUUGUAAUUGAAAGUCAAAAACACUACGGAUGCUGAACAUCUCAAAUAAAAAACAAAAAUUGCUAGCAAUAUUCGGCUAGUCAGGCUACAUCUGGGGGAAGAGAAUUAGAAUUAACAUUUCUGAAAAAGAGUCCUCAACCUGAAACGUUAACUCUGUUUUUCAGACCUACUUGGUAAAUUUGUGGUCUAAUAGAAAGAUAGUUUUGUUUAGAGAUAGAGCAUGGAAACAGGC